ACCAUAACCAUACCCAAUCCAGGUUGAAAUCCAAGUACAGACAUAAAUAUUUUGAGUACAAAACAAAUAUAUCUACAUCUACUGUGGCUUUUGUAGUAGCUCACUGUUUUGCAACUGUCUGUAACGGUUGGCUUGAACACCAGGGGGUUUUCUGGCAGGCUUUGAUUAUAUCCUGUGUCAUGUGACUUUGUUUGUUCAAGUGUGUUUGCCUUAAAACCUUCCUGCUUCUACACACCUGUUCCUUAUGUCUCGCCAAUUACCUCCCCUAUUUAUCCCUGUGGUGUUGCGUCUGUUGCUGUGUCUUUAUAUUUGUGUGCUUACUGUUUCUAGGUUGUUAGUUCUCUAGGGUCCUGUUUUUGUAGUCUUGCUUAAUGUUUCCCUGUGUUUGGUCAGUCUUGUUAUUUUUCUGUUAAUAAAUCCCCUGUUUGCUUGCUAUCGAGGCACGCUAAAGCCCUUCGAAGGCACCCACUUUCUGACAGAAGGACCACCUGUCCCUUAUGUGUCUGUAAGAACCCUAAUCCUGCCAUGUUGUUUGUUGUGCCACGGAGUCCUUGUCUUUAAGUUGUCUUUGAGUUUGUGUCUGGUCUUUGAAUGAUAGGACUGUCUGGAAAAAGCCAGUUGCAGAAAGAAGCAGAGAGUCACCAUCACAUCAGCCAGUGAAAUAUACAGAAUACAACACAACAUUCUGUGGACUGAAAAGAAGCAAAGGAAUAUACUCAGGCUGAAGCUACUCAAUGUUCUUGAAAAAAUCAACAACAAAGAAAACAAAGUGUCAACAGCCAACAUCCAACAUAAGCAGAUCUAAAGACUUCUAAAUACUAAGGAUGGAGAGCGAGCUGAUUUUUUAGCUAUAUUUUUGUUGUUGUUGUUGUUGUUUAUGGUUAGUUCUUUGCUGGACAUUUUAUUUACUUUUACAUUUAUAUGACUUUUAACAGAACUUUAUGACACUGCUAUACAGCCACACCUCCACCCUGACAAAAAAUCUUUUUUGUUUAUGGAUUACGUAGAAAGAAUGCCACAUUACUGCUUGGAAAACCUUGAUCACACUGUGCAAGGGGAAUUACAUAGCUGACAACCUACCCACAUUUGGUAUGGACAUUUAUGUGAGAAAAAUAUUCAACUUGAGCAUGAAACCAAAUACUAAAAAGAACUUGAAACAUUUGCUGACAAUCACGCUGUAAUGCAAACACUGUUCCUCAUUGUCCAAAAUGGAUAUCUCUGGUGGAUCUACUUGUGUGCCUGGACUCUCAGCCCAUCUAUCAGAAUCAGUGGCAAGAGCUGGAAAUGGAGAAUCUUCAAAAGGUUCUGAAGAACAAAACAAAAUUCAGCCAUGCACAGCUCCAACACAGACCCCGGUUAGGUUCAAAAUCCGCUCUGCCAAAGAAAGACAAGAUUUUUUCAAUAAAGCCAGUAGUUUUAAGGCUGAGACUUUUGACAAAGGAAACAGAAGCAUGAAAGUGUAUAGAGAAGAUACACCCAAAGUCCACACCAUUUCACCUCCAUCUCCAGAUACUGGUAAGAUCGACAAAAGAUCUAGAGCUCCGAAUCCGUUCAGUUUGACAAAGAAACCUGAAAUCUCCAUCGGCUCUAAGACCAUUCAAAAGAAUCUAGAUUGCAAUGAGAGUCUCACUACAAAUCUGACUGAAAGAACAGCGUUGAAACAAAUGUAUCAUUCAAACAGAAGUAGGAGCUUAGACUGGAGAGGAUUAAAACUUGAAGGAGGACAAGAGAAUCAGAUGGAUGUUAGUAGUGAUACGAAGGACAUUGGAGGGAGAGCCAUGCGACGGUCUGAGAGUCUAAUGAACUCUAACGAACUUGCUCACCCAUUAAAGAGAGUCUCAUUACACAUUCAACCAUUGAAUGGAUCUGGUCAAAGAAAGCAAGGCAGCAGUGGAUUUACCUCUUCAUCAGUACCUGGAACUUCACCUGUGAGAACAGUGGCUCUUGCCCAGUCUUUCCCAUUGAGCAUAAAGGCAAACCCAAGACAGGACAGGACAGAGGAAAGAGAAAGUCCAUGGUAUUCUGGAAAUAGUGCUACAACACCAGAUAUCGCAGAGCACCCUCUCAGUUCUCAGGUCACUGCAACGAAGGUCAACGAAAUCACUAGGAAUCAGACUGUAAUGGGCAGAAAUGGCCAUACUUCUUUAGAGGAUAAUAGUCAAACAAGUUCAGGAAUCUUUCAUAGAAUCAUCACCCCUGCCCCUUUUUCGAGUGUUCAGGCUACUGAUUCAAAUUUAGAUCACAGUAAGCCUACUAGAAGUUCAGUGGAUAGAAACAUAUCUGUUUCUUCUUUGAAAAAAAUGAAGACAGUUUCAUAUAACCCAGAAAAGUGUGCUACCUUCCCAAAAGCACCCUUCAAAAAAGAACAAAUGAAUUUUACUACCGUUCCAAACACUUCAGUUGUUUUACCCAAUGGAAAAGAUACUUUGGAUGCAAUGUCAACAGUGUCUACAGAGAAACCCCUUAGCCAAGAUUUUAUAUCCUCAGUGACCAAUAGUGACCACGAUGAGAGAAGACGGACUGGAAACACUAUAGGACUAGGAACUCAGUCUUUAGGCAGAACAAGGCACAGACAUUUUACAGCUCCUACUUCAUUUUCAGUCUAUGGUCUGAACGAUAGCAAUAGUAUCCAAAAAAGCACCAAGAGUGACACAGAGAGGCAAGAUGAAAAAACGACUAGUAAUUCAAAACUGACAAAAAGCAUGGAGAAAACAGAAAUUCCAGGAAAACCAUCACAGAGCUCACAGGAAUUUAAUCCUCGGAACAAACCCCAAUCACCCAAAAGUAAGAGAGCAGACAGUGAAAAACUACAUCCAGAACAUGGGAUUGAUUUGGAGUUUGGCUCCUCAGGAAAUCCAAGCAAGGGCUUGUUUCAAGAAUCACCUUUGGCUUCCGUGCGAAACACAAUUCACAAAUUUGAGGCUCUUGCUCUACAAAGCCAGAGUUCCUCAGGGACCCCUCAUCCCAGAAGGGCUUUCUCAGUUACAGAAAAACCAAAAGCGGUGGCCAGUCUGAAUAAGACUUAUUCAGAUAGGUCAUUGAGUAAAAGGUGGGGUGGCUGGAAUAGAGAAAGCUUGAAGGAGAAUCUUUUCAGUAAGAGUGAAGUCAGCGAUGAGGCAGCAGCUACGCCUGGACCUGUCCAGACCACGACACAGGAUAAAGAAGGAAUAGCAGUGAAAGCACAAAUUAGAGGAGCUAAAAGUCAGGAGCAUGGAGUUGCACAGACUUUGAAACAACCGGAUGAAUUUCCAUCUAACCAGAAGAAUGAGAAAUUAACUACAAUGUAUACAAAUGUGGAUGAGCCAGAUUUCUCCAAAGGCAGUGAUCUUAAAUCUUAUAAAAAGCCUAAAAACAUUGAAUCAUCUGAAGACAAAGUAAAGAAUUAUCUCAGUUCUACAGUGUCACCCAACUCCCAAAAGUCCAGUGGGAGCGCUAAUAUGUCCCACUCUGACCUUAAGAUCUCUAAUAUUGGGGACAACUUGUCAACAAAAGAUAAACCGUUCCAAAAAGAAAUCACCACUAUGUUACAAAAUUCAUAUUCAUCCACCCCAGUAAAGACACCAUCUAACCUGCUUAGUGAGUCCGGAGGAAUCACUUCUAUCGAAGCUUUAGGUGAUUUCAGUAAUCCCUACAACACAAUGAAAGAUGAAAAAGUAGCUGCAAAAGUCAUUAGGUGGAUUAUGGAUAAAGGUCCCGAAGACGAUGACGACGAGGAGGAAGAAGACGAGGGAACAGAGAGAGAAUAUGACUCUGAUUCGGGGGAAUCAUCAGUAACCAUCACAAGCAACAUGAGCAAUAGAAGUUUUUGUAUGAGCCUUGUAGAGCUGUACAGUAUGGGUGGACUGGACCUUCCAGUCUCAGACAGCAGUGGGUCAAAGGAUGAUGAUAACUGGAUGUCCAAUCGUCCAGUGUCCAUGAGCUCAGAUGUUUCUGCCCUGUCCUCUGUGACAUUGCUGGGCAUGGACGAGCUAGAAUGCUUACUGAAUGAUGUCCGAGGUUUGGAAGCUGACGCAUCAGAGCAGAACUAUGAAGAUGUACACGUGGUUGUCCUACAUAAGGAGGCAGGAAGUGGACUCGGUUUCACUGUGGCUGGAGGAGUGGAUCAGAAUAAACCUGUGACUGUUCACAAGGUUCUACCCACUGGCUUAGCAGCAAAGGAAGGCUCCAUCCAUGAAGGUGAUCAGGUGCUGUCUAUUAAUGGCACUGCUCUACAUAACUCCACCCACAAGGAUGCGCUCCAGACCAUGAGAAAAGCAAGGGGGCGUGGCAUGACAGUUGUUGUCAUCAGACGAGGUGAUGUCACCGAAACCUGCUACAGCUUAAAAGACAGUCCACAGAAAGCAGCUGAAAUCCCAGGCAGCAGAGUGCGUAUAACUUUGAAUAAAUCCAGCUCAGACCUGGGCUUCAGUCUGCAAGGAGGAGUGGGCUCCAGGUUAGGAGACAAACCCCUCACUGUACAGAGGCUCUUUCAGGGUGGACCAGUUGGGAAGGUUUUCCCAGGUGAUGAACUGCUGGAGGUAGAAGGUCAGAGUUUGGAGGGAUUAAGACGGCUUGAGGUCUGGUACCUGAUCAAGAGAUUACCCCCUGGCCCUGUGGAGGUCUUACUACAACGUGCUCACCAGUGAUACUGACACGGUGUCUUUUUAAAUACAGGUUUCAGAAUUAAGUGUGCACCGUUAUGAGUUCAUUUCAGAACUGCACACACUAGUAUUCAUAUCUCAGACUUAAAUGCUGCUCUGGUAGUGGGUGAGCAUGGUCGUCCAGUAACAAAGGCAUGUCUCACGUUCAUAAUUCUGACCUUAAAUGUAAGUGAACACAUUUUGCAAGAUAUGCAGCUGAAAACUCUGUUAUAACCCUGACCAUAGCCUUGUGUCUGCAUAGCAGAUGUGUGAAUAUGAAAAGCUUUCUGUGUAAAUAUUGAUGAGUUUCCGAAGUUACUAUUUCCACAUACAGAUCUAAGAGAAGAAAAUAUAUUAGCUCUGUACGAAAUGUUUUAUGAAUCUAGUUAUGAACUUGCCAUGCACUGGCUUUAUUUUCAGUCCUAUGUUUUGAAUCAGAAUGCACAGAUCCUAAGAAGAGUUAUUUUAUUUUGGAAUAAUAAAAAGUUAAUCAUAUUUUUUUUAUCUAAAAUGACAAUUUUAGAGGAUUACAAAAGCACCACAAUUAAGAAGAGGUCUCUUGUUUGAUCAAAGAUAUGUUUAUUAAUUUUUCCUGAAUACAUAAAUUAUAUUGUCUCUAAAGAAGUUUACAUGUAACUAAUUGUAAUUUAAAUAAUAUAGACAUUCUAUACUGUUCCUCAUUUUGUUUGGUUACAUUUUACAUCUUCUUGUUUACACGAUGUCUGAUCUUAUGCUCAUUUGAUGCUUUUAUUUAACUUUCUUAUUAAAGGUUACAAUUAAAUUGUCCUCAUUUA